ACAGAGUGACUCAACAUGUCAACAUGGAGGACUAAUUAUGGUCACCACUCGUCUUUAUGGCAUACUUUUUCUAAAAUGAAGGUACUUCUACUUGCUGUGGUAUUCGUUGCCACGGUGUGGUGCUAUGACGAAAAAUACGACAAAAUAGACGUCGAUAAGAUAAUUGCUGAUGAUAACCUGUUUAAAGCAUACAUCGACUGUAUGCUUGACAAAGGGCCUUGUAAGGAGGAAUAUUCUGAAGACUUUAAAAAACUCCUGCCGGAAGUCAUAGCAACAUCAUGCAGCAAAUGUAACGAGAUACAAAGACAAAAUGUAAGGAAGACCGUAAAAGCACUAAGUAAUAAGAAACCAGAUGAAUUCAAUGAAUUUAGGAAAAAAUAUGAUCCUAAUCGUGAGCAUGAGAAAGACUUCGCUGCUUUCGUCCUAGCUGUUGACUAAAGUAAUGAAAAUAAUCUGCCAAGUUAAAGGAAUUAUGGCUAUACCCCAAAGGACUUAUGUAUGUGGAGUAUUACUUCUUUAUUAAAAUUAAUUGCAAGUUA